AUGUUAUUUCUCUUUGACCUACUCACACUUGAGGAGAAUGGUGUCGGCAACGAUGAAAUCAUCUCUCUCCAUCUUUCAGUAGAUGGUCCAAAGGAUGACAAUGUAUCAAAAGACAAAGCCAACAUUGAUGAUGAGUACCUCAAGGACUUGUCUUCGAAAAGUGAAACAUCAUGGAAGGAACUAGCUGAACAUCUAGGAUAUGAAGAAGCGGAAAUUGCAGACAUCCAAUCCAGCAACGAAGGCAGCAAUGAAGCUGGCCGUCACAUGCUACUCACUUGGUGGGAAAAAACGACAGAUCACGACGAAGCAGCCCAGAAGCUGAGACUAGCAUUGGAGGCCAUUGGGUUGACUGAUUUGGCCCAAAAUGAACCAGUAACGAAUGAAUCAAGAGACGAAGCAGCUGGACCCGAGCCAGACAGGCGUCAAGAUGCAGGAGUUGACGAGGAGAACAAAGAUAGCAAGGCGGCAUCAACAAAGGAAAAGACACAGAAAAAGUAA